CCGUAAGAGCCUGCGUCGCGCCCGCGUACUCCAAUUUCACGAGGCGCGGAGCCGGUUCGUAUAAAAGCCGCGGCGGUCGAUCUCAAUAAUCAUUCCAGCCACACACAUCUACCGCAGAUCAUCACCUGCACAUCAAUCUACAUUCAAUAAAACCAACAAAAUGAAAUCGUUCAUUGUUUUGUCCGCUCUCGUCGCCGUCGCGUUCGCCGCCCCCCAGUUCCAACAGUACCAGCCACAGCCGCAGUACCAAGGACAGGAGAUCCCCAUCCUCAAGCAAACCCAGGAGAUCAACCCUGAUCGCUCCUACCAGUACAGCUACGAGACCGGCAAUGGCAUCGCUGCCCAGGAACAGGGCUACCUGAAGAACGCUGGCGUGAAGGACGCUGAGGCUCAGGUCGCCCAGGGAUCCUUCUCCUACAGCUCUCCCGAGGGUGUCCCAAUCUCUGUCUCCUACAUCGCUGACGAGAACGGUUUCCGUGCCGAGGGCGCUCACUUGCCCACCCCUCCCCCCACCCCCGAGGCCAUCCUCCGCGCUCUCGCCUACAUCGACUCCAGGCCCCAGCAGCCCCAGCAGCCCCAGUACCAGCAACAGGCCUUCCAGCAGCAGGGCUUCCCCCAGGGCUUCCGCGGCUAAACAAAACAUCAUCGCAUCGAGAGAUACUCACCGCUAAACUGUACCUAUCAUCACAUAGUUAAUAUGUACGCGUAGAAUAAGUAUCUGUAACGAUUUUUACAUACUGUGAUUUAUUUUUUUUAAGAACCAACAUCGAUAAGUAAAAAAUGUUUAUAUAA